AUGAGUUUGGGUAAUGGAGAGGGGGAUGCGACUGCUAGCGAGCUCCUCCGAUCUCAAGCCCACAUAUGGAACCACACAUAUAGCUUCAUCAACUCAAUGUGCCUAAAGUUUGCCAUUGAACUAGACAUACCUGACCUAAUCCAUCGCCAUGGCCAACCCAUGACCCUCCUUGAACUCGUCUCCAUGCUCCAUAUUCAACCCACCAAAGCUCACUGCAUCCAUCGCCUCAUGCGCAUCCUCGUUCACUCCGGCUUCUUCGAACUACGGGACCUUGAUGAAGCAGGUGGCCAAACUGGGUAUGCGCUCACCUGUGCAUCCCGGCUCCUCGUAAAGCACAAUCCUUUGAGUGUAGCGCCCUAUGCACUUUUCGCACUCGAACCUAUCUCGAUGGACCUGUGGCAGAAUCUGAGCGCGUGGUUGAGGGACGGAGAAGGUGUCCAUCCAUCAACAUUCGAGAUGGCGCAUGGCGUUGCUGCAUGGGAGUUUGGUCGGCGCAAUCCUGAGGCCAACAGCUUGUUCGACGAGGCUAUGGCGAGCGACUCGUGUCUAAUAGCGAAGGUGGUGGUGGAUACAUGUGGGGGAGUGUUCGAGGGGCUGAGCUCAGUGGUCGACGUUGGAGGUGGGACUGGGACGAUGGGCAAGGCCAUCACGGAGGCGUUCCCGCACUUGGAGUGCAUGGUGUUCGAUCAGCCACACGUGGUGGAAGGUUCGGUCGGAAGUGAGAGGUUGAAGUUUGUCGGAGGCGACAUGUUUGUGGAGAUUCCCCCUGCGGAUGCAAUCUUUCUCAAGUGGAUAUUGCACGACUGGAGUGAUGAAAAAUGCAUGGCGAUACUAAAGCGAUGCAAAGAAGCGGUGUUGGGUCGAGGCAAGAUUGGAAAAGUGAUUAUGAUAGAUAUAGUAGUAGGGAAUCAAACAGAAGAUCACAGAUCCACCGAAACGCAAUUGUUCUUUGACCUGGUGAUGAUGUUGGCCAUUAACGGGAAAGAAAGGGAUGAAAAGGAAUGGGAAAAGCUGUUUGUUGAUGCUGGCUUUAGUGGUUACAAGAUUGUUUCUCGCCUGGGCCUUCGAUCUCUCAUUGAGAUUUAUCCUUGAUUAUAUUUUUGCUCAUUUGAUUUGCUUGGUUAAUCCUUAAUCUACUCUUGCUACUGAUUGACCAUCGAUUGUAUUGGAACUUAUAUCGAU